AUGUCAGAAGAUAAAACAAUACAAAAAACCGAUUACAAACUUGAAGCAGACUCUGAGCUCCGUUUUGAAAUAGAGAACAAAAAUGAGAAGGUCACAGUUGUUCUAGUGAAUGGACAUGCAGAAUUGUUUGGUACGGAGUUGGUGAUUAAAAAACCAUACGAAUUCGUAAAUGGUGCAAAGGUAGCGAUUUUUACGCAUCAUGGCUGUACGAUCGAGCUCCGAGGUAAACCGGAUGUGGCAUAUGUCGCAAAAGAAACCCCUAUGGUUAUGUAUUUGAAUGCCAAUUCUGCCCUCGAGUAUUUGCGAAACAAAGCCGAACAAGAGGAUAGUCAUGGGCCAAUAGUAAUGGUAGUUGGACCAACAGAUGUUGGCAAAACCACGCUCUGUCGUAUAUUGCUGAACUACGCUGUACGCCUGGGUCGUCGACCCAUAUAUGUGGAUUUGGACGUAGGUCAGGGAGGUAUAGCCAUUCCUGGUACGAUCGGCGCCCUCCUAGUAGAACGGCCAGCACCCGUAGCUGAUGGAUUCUCACAGCAGGCCCCUCUCGUUUAUCAUUAUGGCCAUAGCACACCAUCCUGCAAUAGUACGUUCUACGAUGUGCUCAUCUCCAAGCUCGCCGAAACAACUCUGGAACGGUUGGAAGCGAACAAAAAAGCUAAAUCAUCUGGAAUGAUUAUCAAUACCUGCGGUUGGGUUAAAGGAUCAGGAUACUCGCAUAUUCUGCACACUGUGGCAACAUUCCAAGUAAGCGCUAUAUUUGUACUGGAUCAGGAGCGCCUGUAUAAUGAAUUGCUACGAGAUGUUAAGCGCACUCCAUCUGUCCAGGUGGUAUUACUGCCGAAAAGUGGGGGUGUUGUAGAGCGCACCAAAUCACAACGCACCGAAGCUAGAGACCAGCGUAUAAAGGAAUACUUUUACGGAUCAAAAAUGCCACUCUUUCCCCACAGCUUUGAUGUUAAGUUUUCGGAUAUAAAAAUUUUCAAAGUUGGCUCUCCACCGUUACCGGACUCGUGUUUACCAUUAGGAAUGAAGGCGGAAGACAACUAUACCAAAUUAGUGGCCGUUCAGCCUGGGCCUCAGCUGUUGCAUCACAUACUAGCGGUCAGUUUUGCCGAAACCACCGACGAGAAUGUGAUACAAACAAACGUGGCUGGUUUCAUCUGCGUGACGAAUGUCAACAUGGACAAACAGGUGUUAACAGUGCUAUCUCCUCAACCAAGACCUCUGCCUCAAACGAUAUUGCUUGUUUCUGAUCUUCAAUUUAUGGAUAGUCAUUGA